GGCCAGGCCCCAAGGAACCAGACACAGGUCCUCGCUUCCAUCCCUCCCCCAGGGGUGGCAGGGAAGAGAGCAACUCUGCAUGCCCACAGCCCUGGAAGCUCCACCCACCACAGGACGCGGAGGACAGCUGUAAUCAGCCACAGCACAACUGCAGAAUGAGCUCAUCUCGGGUGGUCCAGGUGCCUCCUAAGACCAUGCUGCUCCUGCUAUCCCUGAUGUCCUCGCUGAUGGACGGGUCGCAGGCUCAGCAGAAGGAUUACUGGCUGAAGGUGGAGGAGUCGGUGACGGUGCAGGAAGGCCUGUGCGUCCUUGUGCCCUGCUCCUUCUCCUACCCCAAGGAACCCUGGAACCCACACCCAGUUUAUGGCUACUGGUUCAAAGAAGGAACCCACACAGAAAAUGGAGAUCCAGUGGCCACAAACAACCCAAGCAGAAAUCUGCUACAGAACACCGAGGGCCAAUUCCAGCUCGUGGGGGAUCUCCGCAAAAAGGACUGCGCCCUGCUGAUCAGAGAUGUACAGCGGAAGGACUGGGGUCUGUACUUCUUCCGGGUGGAGAAGGGAAACCAGGUGAAAUAUAAUUUCAAGGAUAACAAGUUCUUGCUGAGAGUGACAGACCUGACUCAGAAACCAGAUGUCUUCAUUCCUGAGACCUUGGACCCUGGGCAGCCUGUGACAGUGCUCUGCGUGUUCAACUGGAGCUCUGAGCAGUGUCCAGCCCCAAUCUUCUCCUGGGAAGGGCCCACCCUGACCUCUGAAGGGACCAGGGCACCAGGCGCCCCCUACUCCAUACUCAGCUUCACCCCCGGGCCCCAGGAUCAAGACUCUGCGCUCACCUGCCGAGUGGACUUCAGCAGGGGCCUGAACACUCAGAGGACGGUCAGGCUGAGCGUGGCCUAUGCCCCCAAACACCCUGUGAUCAGCAUUUUCCACGACAACGGGUCAGUUCAGGAGAGCCAGGAAAACAACCCACACGUGGAAGCCGAGAAAGGCCAGCUCCUGCAGCUCCUCUGUGCUGCUGAGAGCCGGCCCCCCGCCACGCUGACCUGGGAACUGAGGGGCAGAGUCCUCUCUCAGUCCCCUCCCUCAGCAAGCAGCAACGCCUCCUUCACGGUCACCUCCAGCUCGGCCGGGCCCUGGGCCAACAGCUCCCUGAGCCUCCGCGGGGGGCUGCGUUCCGGCCUCAGGCUCCACUGCGAGGCACAGAAUGUGCACGGGGUCCAGGGCGCUGCUGUCCUGCUGCUGCCAGAUAAGACACCCACCGCCACCAGCUUCUCCAGGGGAGUGCUCCUGGGAAUCGGCAGCACGGCACUCCUUUCCCUCUGCCUCGUCCUCAUCCUCGUGAAGGUACGGAGGACCACACACUCCCAGGCAGAAACCCCAGGACCCAAGUUCUCGCGGAGCAGCACCAUCCUGGAUUACAUCAAUGUGGUCCCUAAAGUCAGGUCCCUG